AUGCAAACAUCAGAGAAUGAGAAAAAGAAUCUUGAAAAUACAAGUAACUUAACAGAUGACCACAUAUCAUCUGGCCUUUUACUUAUUGAUGCUAUUGGAAAUGCAGUGGAAUCGUUUUUCCCUUUAUUAAAAACGGCAGCAACAGUGAUUUCAGAAAUUUAUAAGGCUUAUGAUAAUGCAAAAUAUAAUUUGAACAUAUGCAAUUCAUUAAUGGAUCGUAUUAACAUAGCAGAAGCUGUUGUAAAAACUUUGGAAAGAAGAAAAGAUAUGGAUGAAAAUAAUUUUCAAGAGCCUGAAUAUUAUAAAGCUUUUUUGCGUUUCAUAGAAAUCUUGAAUAAGAUCAAAGUACUUAUUAACGAAGUGUCUUCACUUCAAGGGUACAAAAAAUUUCUUAAUUCAACGAUUAUCAAAAGUAGAUUUAUUGAUAUUACAAAUGAUUUUGAAGCUUCGAUGCAAGAAUUACAUUUUACUUUAUAUGUUUCAAAUGAAGAACAAAGAAGUAUUGACCAAAAAAAUCUUGAGGGCGAUAUUAAGGAUAUGUCAAAG